GAUUAUAUAUUGAUAUUUGUUUAUUGGCUUCAAAACCAAUUUGAUUUAUUUCUCAAAAUGAAGAAGCUCGGAAGUGGAAUACCAGGUUCCAGUGAAAUCCAGUACAAGGAGAGUGAUAUUGACGAGUCAAUGUCUUCUUCUAGCAUAUCAGAUGAUGAGGAGGAGGAGAUAAUGAAGGAGCUGGCUGAUGUAACAUUUGAGGAGUUGAAGAACACUCGAUCUAACGGAGCGCAUGCGUUUUUCAAGAAACGUGGAGAAGACAAGAAGUUGAAAAGGCUCAAUAAAAAUAGGCCAAUGGAGGCUAGUAGCAAGAAGCCAGUUCCUGUUUUUAGAGAUGUCAUCCAUGCUCCUAAGAAGGUUGCAUGUGAUCCACGAUUUAACUCCCUUUGUGGUGAUCUACUUGACUCUAAUCGGUUUAGAAAGAAAUAUAAGUUUUUAUACGAAAAUGAUCUUCCUGCUGAAAGACAGACUCUUAAGAGGGAAUUGAAAAAAUGUAAAGAUCCAGAGCGCAGAAGUGAAAUAGAAGAACUCGUAUCAUGGAUUGAUAAACAGUUGAAGCCUGAUUCAGCAAGAAAUAUUGAGGCAGAGAUUUUGGCUAGGCACAAGAAGAAACAAAGAGAAGCAGCAAAAGAGGGAAGACGUCCUUUUUAUCUCAAGAAAUCCGAAAUCCGAAGGCAAAGGCUUAUUGAAAAAUAUAAGCAUCUUAAGGCAUCUGGAAACCUUGAUUCAUAUAUUGAGAAAAGGAGGAAGAGAAAUGCUGCAAAAGACCAUAGAUUUAUGCCAUAUGCUAGAUCUGUCGACAACGAAUAGUAAGGUUGUUUGCCUUGCACUGCAAGUCAUCAUUGAUCUAUGUCCAUUGUUUUCUUGAUUCAUACAUUACAGUUAUUAUUAUUCUCUUUUUUAAAAUGACAAAUGUUAGUUUUUAGUUUUAUGACAAUAGAUCAAACUAAGUAAAGCCAAGCUACUCAGCUAAGAGUUUAUUGACUCCCGCGCCCCUCUCGUUAUCAAUGUCAUUUUGUUAAGCAUCGUGAACCGACUAGAUAUUUGUGGAGAUUCAAAAGUGUAAAUGCUAGUUGUUUAUCAUUUUUGAAACCCUUCGUUUCAUUUUAUAGUGUUUGAAUCCACGUCAAUUGACCGUAAUUGUAUACUUUUUUAGGCUUUUCUAGCUUCAUUCGACUGCAUUUUCAAACAUAACAUCAAUCUUUUUUAAUAGUAUGUUAGGUACCAGAGUAACAAAAUAUUAUCACGCAUCUAAAAUAAGAGAAGAGAAAAGAGGAACUGAACACACAAUAUUUUACGUGGAAACCCCUCAACAAAUAAAGGGAAAAAACCACGGGGCAAGAGUAGAGAACUUUCACUAAGUGGAAGAAAUUACAGGACCUCUCUCUAAAUACAAGGAGAGUACAAUUACCACUCUCUCUUAUAAAUAGGAGAAUACAAACACUAACACU